UUAUGUGCAACACUUUCUGGGGCUUUUCCUACAGAUACAAGGCAGAAGGAAGAAGACAUGCAGCUUAUCCAGAAGUAUGUGGAAAAUUACUAUGGUUUUAAGACAGAUGAUAAAUCUUUCAUUUGGAAAAGCAAUAGUUCAAUGAUCCAAAAAAUAAAAGAAAUGCAGGAAUUCUUUGGGCUGGAGGUGACGGGGAAACUGGAUUCUGGCACUUUGGACCUGGUACAGAAACGCCGCUGUGGAUUCCCUGACGUAGCUGGGUUCUCCACCUUUGGAGGAGAGCCAAAGUGGGCAAAACAAGUUCUGACAUACAGGAUACUAAAUUACACACCAGAUCUGCAUCCAGCAGAUGUCAGUGCAGCGAUCAAGAAAGCCUUAAAUGUUUGGAGCAGUGUGACCCCACUGAAAUUCAUCAAGAAAGACAGAGGUGAUGCAGACAUAAUGGUCUCCUUUGCAGUCAGAGGUCACAAUGACUUCAACCCCUUUGAUGGCCCAGGAGGCUCUGUUGCUCAUGCCUAUGCACCUGGCAAAGACUUGGGUGGAGAUGCUCACUUCGAUGAGGAUGAAACCUGGACCAAAAGCACACAGGGUACAAACCUGUUUUAUGUUGCUGCACAUGAGUUUGGCCAUUCACUAGGACUUUUCCAUUCCAAAGACCCCAAUGCUCUGAUGUACCCAGUUUAUAGGAAAUUUGACCCUUCAGUAUUUCGCCUUCAUCAGGAUGAUAUUAAUGGCAUUCAGCACCUCUAUGGACCACCUUCUAAUACCCACAGUAAUCAAAGGGAAUCUACUGAGAUAGAAGACCCAGCUGAGUCAAAAGAUCCUGCACUGACAAACACCUGUGGCCCUGAUUUAACUUUUGAUGCUGUCACUACUUUUCGUGGAGAAAUAAUGUUCUUCAAAGACAAGCAUUUUUGGCGCAAGCAUCCUGAAGUCAGAACAGUUGAUGUUAAUUUAAUAUCUUCGUUCUGGCCACGGCUGCCACCUAGUGUUGAUGCUGCAUAUGAAAUUCCCGAAAAAGACGAAACUGUCAUUUUUAAAGGGAAUGAAUUCUGGGUUGUGAGAGGAGAUACCAUACUUCCUGGAUACCCCAAAAAAAUCUACACCCUGGGCUUUUUGAAGGAUGUUACUAAAAUUGAUGCUGCUUUUUAUAAUGGAAAUGAGGGGAAAACAUAUUACUUCAUUGCGGACAAAUUUUGGAGUUAUGAUAUAAGAAGACAGUCUAUGGACAGGAAGCCCAUACUGAUAAGAGAUGUGUUUCCAGGAAUUAAUGGGAAGAUUGAUGCUGUUUUUCAACAUGAAAAUUUCCUCUAUUUCUUCUGUGGAAGAAAGCAAUUUGAGUUUGACCCUGAUAAGAAGAGAGUUACACGUCUCCUAAAGACAAACUUCUGGUUUCCAUGUUAA